GAUACAACUUACAUACCAUACAAUUCACUUAUUUAAUGUGUACAGUUCAGUGGUUUUAGUGUAUUCACAGUGUUGUUCAACCAUCACUAUAAUUAAUUUAAUAACAUUCUAGUAGAUGGCUUUUAAAGACAUGGGACUGGAUGAGAGAGGAGUCCGAGGACCCUGCCCUGCAGCACUCUAUGUGGAGAGGUUCAGGAGAUGAGUGGGGCCGAGUGUAGAAGGUAUUUCAAGGAGGAAAAAGGUGGCAUGAGUCCCAGGCUACUGAUAGGCCAAGUAAGAGGAGGAUUGAGAUCUGAUCACUGGAUUUAGUAAUGUGGACGUGACCUGGACAAGAGCAUUUCCAGUGGCAUGGUCGUUUCGAGGGCUGCAUCAGAGAGGGCUUUCAGAGAGGAUGGGAGAAGAGGAACUGGAGAGAGCAAGUGCUCACAAUCCAUCAAGGAGUUUGGCUGUACAGAGGGGCAGAGAAGUGGGGCUAUUGCUGGAGGGAUGUUUGAUCAAUUAGUAGUGUCAGCUGGGGAGGGCGCACGGGACCUGGGGCACAGCUUGGUCUUCCUAGAGCAUGAAUUCUUCAUCCUGAAGAGCAAGAGAGAAGGUGGAAACUGGACAGACACUGGCAGGUGGGAAGAUCUCCUGAGGAAAAGGCGCAGCACCGCAUUUACCACUCGGCACGUCAUGGGUGUGCGCUGCGUGCUUGUGCGGAGAGGCCUCCUUGGAAGGGACCUCUUCAUGACCAGGACUCUCUGCAGCCCAGGCCCUCGCCAGCCCAGAGAGAAAGGACCUGAGGAGGUGGCCCUGGGGCUGUACCACCGCCUCACCGCCCUGGGAAGAGCCCUGGGGCACGACAUUCGGCAGCGAGCGUCCUCCACGGCCACAACCUGGUGGGACAGAUAUGAAGAGUUUGUCGGACUCAAUGAGGUUCGCGAGGCCCAGGGAAACGUGACUGAGGCAGAGAAAGUGUUCAUGGUGGCGCGAGGGCUUGUCCGAGAGGCUCGGGAAGACUUGGAAGUUCACCAGGCCAAGCUGAAGGAGGUGAGGGACCGCUUGGACCGCGUCUCCAGAGAGGAUAACCAGUACCUAGAACUGGCUACGCUGGAGCACAGGAUGCUGCAGGAGGAGAAGAGGCUUCGUGCAACCUAUCUGCGUGCCGAAGACUCAGAGAGAGAGAAGUUCUCCCUCUUCUCUGCGGCUGUGCGGGAAAGUCACGAGAAGGAGCGCACUCGAGCUGAGAGAACCAAGAACUGGUCCCUCAUUGGGUCAGUCCUGGGGGCCCUGAUUGGCGUGGCUGGCUCCACCUAUGUGAAUCGGGUACGGCUACAGGAGCUGAAGGCCUUGCUCUUAGAGGCGCAGAAGGGCCCUCUGAGCCUCCAGGAGGCCAUCCGAGAACAGGCAUCCAGCUACUCCCUCCAGCAGAGGGACCUCCACGACCUCAUGGUAGACCUAAGGGGCCUGGUACGAGCUGGGCCCGGGCAGAGCCCUGGGGCCCAGGCAGGUACUUCCCCCACCCGAGACAGAGACACAGAUGUCCUUUCAGCCGCCUUGAAAGAGCAGCUCAGCCAUUCCAGGCAGGUCCGUUCCUGUCUAGAGGGUUUACGAGAGCGGCUUGAUGGCUUGGAAAAGACGUUCAGCCAGACGGCUGAGGUGGUUCAGCUUGCAGAGGCUGCGGUGCAUCCGGGCCUGGUGGAGCCAGCAGAUGGGGCUCUGCCAGGCUCCUUGCUGGAGCAGGGAAACAUGAUCCUGGCACUGUCGGGCAUGGAGCAGAGGUUAGAAGCCCAGGUCAACAGGAACACCAUCUACAGCACGCUGAUCAUCUCUGUGACAUUUGUGGCCACGCUGCCUGUGCUCUACAUGCUGUUUAGGGCCAGCUAGCCCCUGGACCCUCCUCCAGAGGCCCCGAGGGGAUAGGUGUGGCUGUGGAUUUAGAGAAUCUCAACAAUGAAGUGAGCCUUUGGGGUGCACGCAGCCUCACCCUGAGGCUGAGCACCAUCUCUGUGGCUGACCAGCGGGCAUACUUUGCUUUCUAGAAAAUGCUUCCUUAUGUUAAUUAUCAAAACUCUAUGCUAAUAUCCAAUUAAAAUGUCUUUGGGUUUGUGUUA